ACAGAAGUAAGACAUGAAAGUUAACUGAGCCAGAAGUGGAUAAGUGCGUCAAGUCUCUGAAGAGUUUAUAGGAACAUGUUGCAAUAGAUGCCAUCUACGCAUUUCCUGAAAGUGGAUGUGGGAAGAAGGAACUGAGCAGCGGACUCAAAACCAGUCCUGCCUACUCACCGAGGCUGGAGAGACUGCACUACCCUGGACCUAUUCUGCUGCUGAUAGUAGACCUUUGGAGCAGCUGCUGAGCCACCAUGAUCCCUAGGCUUCUUUCCCUUCUCUGCCUCCGGCUGUGUGUUGGGCAAACAGACAUUCCUGACAAUGGGCCCCCUCCCAAGCCCAGCCUCAGCGCUUGGCCCAGUUCAGUGCUUCCCACCAAGAGCAGUGUGACAAUGCAAUGUAGGAGCCCCACCCCAAGUGAAUUCUUCAUCCUCAAAAAGGAAGGGCUUGUUUUUGAUUCUAAGAAGCCAAAUGAUUCGACAGAGAUGGCUGAGUUUCAUAUCCCUGAGCUACAACAGAAUGAUGGAGGACACUACACCUGUGAAACCUAUAGCAAAUGGCCCAAUGGCAUAUCAUCACAGCCCAGUGAUGCCCUUCUCCUGUUGGUCACAGGGUACUUGUCUAAACCUUCCCUACAAGCUUACCACCAGGGCACAGUGGCUGCGGGAAGCAAGGUGACAUUGCAGUGCCAGAAGGAAGGCAGUGUGCUCGGACCCAUCAGCUUUGCCUUGCUGAAGGAGGGUCGCUCAUCUCCUGUGCAGAUGCGGAGCUCAGUGGGAACGGUGCUAGACUUCUCUCUUCAGAAUGUAACAGCCAGAGACUCGGGGAAAUACCGCUGUGUGUACUACCAGCCAAGGGCUCGCUAUCGGGCCUCAGCCCCCAGCAAUCCCCUUGAGAUCUCCGUGACAGGUCCCACAAUGCCCCAGGGGAAUAAUGAAUCCUUGGUGAAAUUGGACAAAAUUAUCUCUGUGAAUUUCUGUGCAACCGUGAUGACAACUUUUGUGGGAAUCACCCCAGGACAGGAAGACGGCUGCCUCAUUCUGACUCUUCACAUAGAAUAGAGGCCAUGCUUGAUUACAGAUGUAAUGAGUCUUUCUCUGUUUCACCUGCCAGCCCCCAAGUACCACACAGAGACUUAUUAAUUAUGAAAGCUUGGCCCUUAGCUUAGGCUUGUUCUUAGCUAGUUCUUAAAUUAACCAAUAUUUUUUAAUCUAUGUUCUUUUACUUGGCUCGGUUACCUUUACUCUGUACUACCCAUCCUGCUUCCUUCACAUCUGACUGGAGACCUGCCUUACUCUUUCCCUAAGACCUCUCUGUUCCCAGAAGUCCUGCCUAACCUCUUCCCGCCUAGCUGUUGGCCAUUCAGCUCUUUAUUAAACCAAUCACAGUGACACAUUUUCACACAGUGUAAAGGAAUAUUCCACAGCAUACAGAUGCUUACCUGACACAUUAGUAUUUAUAUAGAAAUAAACACACACACGUGUGUGUGUGUGUGUGUAUUUUCUUUCUUUCUUUCUUUCUUUCUUUCUUUCUUUCUUUCUUUCUAACACUUUUUUUUCCCUUUUGGUGUUUCUGAGACAUGAUGUUUCUACUGUGUAGCCAUAACUGUCCUAGACCAGGCUGGCCUUGAACUCACAGACACCCAUCUAAUUCUUCUUCCCAAUGCUGAGAUUAAAUGGGAUUUGUCACCAUACACAGCCUCAGUUUGCAUUUUCUUAAGAACAUACAGGUUGCCAUGCCUUUAAUCUCAGCACUUGGAAGCAGAGACAGGCAGAUCUCUGAGUUCGAGGUCAACCUGAUCUACAGAGUGAUUCUAGAACAUCCGGAGCUAUACAUAGAAACCCUGUCUCAAAAACAAAACAACAAGAACAUACAUGUUAAGUGUCUUCUGUGGCACUGUUGGUUAUCUAAAAUAUAUGUUAUAUAUUUACCUUGAUAUACAUCAUAUUUAUUAUAGGUUUCUUACAUAUAUGUUUAUAUUCUUUUUUAAAGAUUUAUUAAUUUUCCUGUGUUUUGAUGGUUGUAAGCCAGCACGAGAGUGCUGGAAAAUGGAACAAGGUCCUUUCUAGCAGUAGUAAGUGCUCCUAAUUGUUGAGCCACUGCCCUAGUCCCCAAAUUUAUUCUUAGUGAAUACUUUGUUCUUUUUAAAAUUAUCAAUGGCAAGUACUAGUUUGUAGUAAAGUGUUGUUAUGACUGUUCGGUUCAGGCAGGUGAUGAACUUUGGUCAUAUUAACCCCUCUGUUACUCUUUCUCAUCCCCAAUCUGCCUUCCUCCAUUCCCCUUCCACAUCUUUAAUGGUUUGAAUGUGAAACAUAACCCCAAGGGCUCAUGUGCCCAGACAACAUGGCUGUGCAAGUGGGUCACAGAUGGUAGACCUUGAGAUUUAUAGCUGUGUGAUGGUUGGUUUUGAUUGUCAACCUGACACAAUCUAAAUCACCUAGAACAUCUUAAUGAGGAACUGUCUACAUUAAUUGGCCUGUGGUCGUGUCUGUGGGGAUUUUCUUAAUUGGGUUUAAUUAUGGUGGGAAGACCUGCUCUGACUUUGGACGGCACCACUUCUUGGGUCACCCAUUUUUAUUUUUAUUUUUCCAUUCAAAAAUUUCCACUUCCUCCACUCUUCCCAUUCCCCUCUCACUUCCCCACUCACUCUCCUCCCUCCCCCUCCAGUCUUAAGAGAGGGCAGGUUACCCUGCCCUGUGAGAAGUCCAAGGCCCUCCCCCCCCUCCAUCAAGGCUUAGGAAGGUGUGCAUCCAAAUAGACUAGUGUCCCAAAAAGCCAGUACAUACACUAGAAACAAGUCCCAGUGCCAUUAUCAAUGACUUCUCAGUCAGCCCCUAUUGUCAGCCACAUUCAGAGAGUCCGGUUUUGUCACAUGUUCAUUCAGUCCCAGUCCAGCUGGAUUUGGUGAGCUCCCAUUAGAGCAGGCACACUGUUUCAGUGGGUGGACCAACCCCUCGCGAUCCUGACUUCCUUGCUCAUCUUCUCCCUCCUUCUGCUCUUCAACUGGACCUUGGGGGCUCAGUCCAGUGCUUUGAUGUGGGUCUCUAUCUCCAUCCAUCUCCAGAUGAAGAUUCUAUGGUGAUAUUCGAGAUAUUCAUCAGUGUGGGUCACUCAAUUUUCCAAGAGCCAAAGAGCUGGGUAUUAACAUAUAUGCAUUAAUUCAUUACUUACUGCUCUUGACCAUGGAAGCAAUAUGACCAGCGGCUUCAAGUUUCUGUUCCUUAAUGUCCCUUUAAUGCUGGACUUUAACCUGGAAUUUUGACUAAAAUAAAGCCUAUCAAAUUGCAUUUGGGUUGUUUCAUUUCUGUUUUGAAAUUGGGUCUCACCAUGUAGCCCUGGCUGUGCUGGAACUUACUAUGUAGACUAAAUUCACCUUAAACUGUAGAUCCACCUGCUUCCACCUAGGGCGUGCUGGGGAUAAAGGUAUGCACCACCAGGCCUGGUCUUUGUUGGGAUGUUUUAUCAUAGUCUUAAGGGAAAUGAAAUUUACGACAGCCUGCUUCUUGUUCCACCCCAAGCUCCCUGAGCGAUGAGAAAAGCUUCCAACAAAUGCUCCCCCUACACAACCUCCACCAGGCCAUGAUGGACUGAAACUGUGAACACAAACAAUGUUUCCCUUGAGUUGUUUCUGUCAGGUAUUUUCUCACAGCAAUAAGGAAGGUAAGGAAUAUGACAUCACUAACUGUCCCUCAUUCUUGACGUUUUUCUUCCUUGAUCCUAUGCAUGAAAGAAUGAAUGUGGCACUGGCUUGGUGGGCCUGGCAUGUUUUACUUAAUGUGACUGGGUUGUUUCUAUGAAAGCAAAGGGAGGACUAUUGGCUAGGGUAGAGGACUGGAGAAGAUGGGAGAGGGCUGAGACAGAGGAGAGGGAUGAAGAAGAAC